GCUUCAAGGACAAAUGCUCUCUAUUAUCGUAUACCUUCCUUGUGUUAGUCUCUUCUCAGUCUCCCUUAACAAGAAUACAUUCACACAAAGUAUGUCUCUGUACAUUCCCUGGUCUGUGCAUUUUUUAAUUAAAUUCACAGACAGCAAAUUGCUACAACCAACAGAAUUUUAAGUGAAGUCCACCUAUAUCCUCUAGUUGAUUGCACAGCAAUGUCACAGUGAGAUCCAUCAUGUCCACAUUCCGUAACAUAAUCACUCCACAGGAUAUAACAAUCCUCAAACUCUUCAAGAUAACAAAGACUGAAUUUCGCGAAGCUCUCCACCUAGUGUUCAAGUGGGGAUGCAAAAAGAAAGACGAUGAAUCAAUUAAAGAUUAUUUAACUAAUAAGGAAAGAGGGAAAUCCAUGACCAUGACUGUAUUUAGAAACAUGUUUGAUAAAGAAAUGCGCAAGAGAAUUGAAGAAGAUCAUACUGGUGUCACUUAUGAUGUCAAUUUAUUGUUUGCCUGUAUAAAGUGGGGCUGUGAUGACUUGAAAUGGGGGGAAAAGCCUGCCGGGAAUGACACUGUGGAAUCUCUCUGUACGACUGCAAAAAAUUUAAGAAACAAGCUAGCUCAUGACCCAUUUGAUAAAUGUGAUGUUAAGGCCAUGGAUGACUUGUGUGACCAGUUUAAAAAGAUACCUGAGAAACUGUUGACAUUAGCAAAAGAUAAAUACAAGCCUGCACAUGAUGUAGAUCAAGAAAUAAAGAAAAUAAAUGAACACAUGGAUAAUAUUAUGAAGACAACCAUAGGGGAUCCCUAUGAUUUGCAAAGACAAUUGCUGGAACUCAGAAAAGAACAGGUAAACACAAUCAAUGAACAAGGGAAAAGUGAGUUGUCAAAACUAUACGAAGAUAUAUCCAAGAUUGAUCCAGCAUCCUUUGUGACUGGAAAGGAGAGAUUGAAUAUCAAAAAUGUCUUUACAAAACUUGAUGUAAGCUGUGCAAAUGAGAAGGAAAUUUAUGACCUGGAAUACAAUGAACUUCUUGAGGUGAAAACUGAGAGUGGUGGAGAACCUUCAGUCAUAAUACUGGAAGGUGAUGCUGGUGCAGGAAAAACCACACUCACUAAACUAAUCCUGUCAGACUGGGUAGGAGAGAAAUCAAUUUUUAGAGGCCUCCGUGAUUAUGAUUUGGUUCUUCAUGCUGAGGGGAAAAAACAGUCUAUUUCCUCUUACUUAGGUCUAAUUCAAUAUCUCAUACCAACAGCUUCAUAUAAAUUUGAUGAUGAUGACCUAAUUCGUUCAGUACUAAAACUUAAGGUAUUACUAGUGAUGGAUGGUUUUGAUGAACUGAAUGAAGGGUCUGAAAAACUUAUUAGAGAAUUAUCAGAAAAACAUAUACAAAAGAGUAGUGGAAAACUACACCUCCUAAUCACCACAAGGCCAAGCAAACAUUCUGACCUCCUUCAUAUUGUAAACCACCAUCCUAAGGUGCAAACUAAACUAAGAGGAAUCCCUUUUGACAAAAGAAUUGAAUUUGUAGAAAAGCUACAUAAUGAAAUGAUAAGUGAAAAACAGAGUAAUCAAGAAACUAGUAAAUUGAUUGAUUUCAUGAAGCAUUCCAGGUCCCAACUUGGUGAACACUACCGCCUGCCUCUUAACCUCACACUGCUCACCUACCUCUGGGCUGCUGAUCCAGGUAAAAUAAAUCCCAAAACAACAGCAACUGGCCUCUACAUUGCCUUCCAUGAGCUCAUUCAGUCUCGCCUACUGAAAAGGCUCCAGGAUUGCAAGGGUGUAGUUGCUCUGCCCAAAGAUAAGUGUGAAGAGGGCAUAAGGGAGUUUCUGCAAGAGUACUAUAGUGUUUGCCUAGAUACACUUUCAUCUGGCUCUAUGCAGCUUUCUGAUCUGUCUACAAAGGCACUGGAUAGUAAGUGUACAGAACUCAAGCUUCCCUUUAAUGAUAUGUCUGAAGCUUUUCUUGUUGUUGAUAAAGUGUGGACUAGUAAAGGCUUUACAUCUUAUCUCACUGUACAUCACAAAAGCAUUUUGGAAUUUUAUGCUGCAAACAGAUUUAUGACAUACAUCAAUAAAGAGAAUGAUGCAUCUUCAGACAAGGCCAAGAUUAUGUAUCUUCUAAAGAAGCUCACAGUACCCGAGGAGGAAAGGAAAGAGAUCUUCAACAUCAUAAAUAAAUAUUCUGAUGAAGAUACAAAGUCAUUAAAAAGACUAUGCCAGAAACUUCUCAAAACACAUGAGGACCUGACAAAAUAUGAUAAUAUGUUCCUGUAUUUAACUGGUCUGCUGACUCAUCAAGGUUCAGAGAAGUUACAAGAAUAUUCUGCGGAGCUUGUGGAGGAAAUGAAAGUGGCAGGAUUCCAGGGAACCAGGUGGCUUGAUUUUCUCGUGGAGGCUGAAUGCAAUGAAGAACUGGCUAGCCUCUUGGCUCGCUUCUUUUCUGGUUCACUCGAAGUUUGUGAUGGCCACACAAGAGCUGCUUUGGUGCUGUUUAAGUAUCUGGACAUCAGCACUCCAGUUAGAAUUAUCCUAGAAAAUGAGGUGUCGUAUAUUCCAUAUCUGGAUGACAUGUUAGUUUCACUUUCCAAGAGGAAUUGUGAGGUUGAACUCUCCUUCCAACAUCAAUGGAGGUAUAAAGAAAGUGGAUUUUCAGAUUAUCACCUCAACUCUCUAUUAGGUGGAAAGGAUGAAAACCAAAAGUGCAAUGUGAGCAGAUUCACGGGAAACUUGAUGACUCUUUCCCACUUGCCUAAAAGUGUGAAAAAUCUGUGCAUCACAUUUGGCACCACUGAACAAGCUCAGCAGAUACUCAAGGAACUGCCAGAAUUGGUAAAGAGAAAUCAUAUUCGACGUCUUGGAAUCCAUGUGAUGCCAGAUGUCCAGCCUGAUAGCCUUUCAGAGCUGUCUAUUCUGAAUGCCAAAAGUAUAAAGUAUGCCACAUUGUUGCUCUCAAAGAUUGGAAGUGACUGGAUGAGGGCAUGUAAAGUGAUUCGUGCACUCCUUCCUGUGAAUGGGAUACUCAGCUCCCUCAAGUUUCCACAAAGCAAUAUUUCUGCAGCUCAGUUUAAAAGCCUAAUUAUUAAACUGGGUGAGAUGAAUGUGGUGAUGCCAAAGAUAGGUGGUGUGCACAUCUCCUUUUCUGUCAUCGAGAAGCUACAGCUCAUUGGACUUAAAACACUGACCAGGGAUACUCUGAAUUGUGAAUUGCACUGUGUGGAUGAAUCAGUAAUUUGGAAACAUCACUGAGGCAAAAAAACCUUCAGCUGCCAACAUUCUGAUGCUGUGAAGUCUGACUGACAGCAGCAUUGUUGUAAGAUGAGGAAACUCAGCCUCCAGCCACCCAGUCAUCCACCAACCAGCUGCCAGCCAGCCAACCAGUGAGCCAGCCACCCAGCCAUCCACCAGUGAGCCAGCCAGCCAACAAUAAGCUACUAUCCAGCCAACCACUGAGCCACCAAACAGCUACCAGCCAGCCACCCAGCCAGCCACCUUACCACCCAUCAACUAGCUACCAGCCAGCUUGACACCCAAUCUGUCAGUCUGUUUGUCAAUGACUCAUUCAGCCAGGCAGCCAGGCAGCCAGCCAGCCACUAACCACCCAGAGAAAAAUCACUCAAAAGAUAUAAUAAUAAUAAUAAUAAUAAUAAUAAUAAUAGAAGAUAUGAACAAACAUAAUAAUAAUGAUAAAAAGUAACUAACAAAUGUUGAAUUGUUGGGUAAAAUUUCUUAGUUAUCAUUGAGGAAGACGUGGUUAAUGGUCCUUAUUUUAAUGAUAGGCUGUAUGCAGAAACAUUCGUAGCUACUUACCUACAGCUGCAAAUGCAGAUCUUGUGUUAUCUGAAAAUUAAAUACCUUGCAAAACAGCUAGUUAUGGUGUUAGCUUGUAUAAAGCAUUUAAAUUUAUUGCAGCAGGACAGGGAGCAAAGUGGCAAAGUAUUGUGGGCAGUACCUAAUCCAUGCAGAUCAUUCAUAAAUCCAAAUACAUUAUACUGUCUUCAUUUCUUUAAAAUCAUAUGAUACUCACAUGGUGAUUUAGUAUGUGGUGAUUUAAUUUAUACUAUCAGAAUUACAUAGCAUUGAUAUGAAAUUUCAAAUCACCAACAGUCAAAAUCUACCUUCUCUUUAGAGCUGGCUACUGUCUCACUGAGUACAGCUUGAAGCAAAUCAUAAAUGUUACAAUAUCCUUUGACAUAAGUUAAGAAACAGAGCUGUUUAAAGAUGAUGAGAUACAAAAUUUAGUACUGCCCUACUGCAACAUAUUUUUUUAAAUCACCAAGUCAUGUUUUCUUUCUCUUUAUAACUAACACUUUUAUCAAACAGUGCUAAUUGAAACAAAUAAUGACUGAAACAGUUUCUUAUGACUUUACUGUAAAAAAUGAAGCACAGAAAGCAUAAACAAACACAAACUUUUGCAUACUUACAGAUAAGAAAAGUCUGGCAUACAGGGUGGAUGUGUUGCUUGCAUGAGUGACUGACUGACUGACAGUUGACUGAUUGCUCUCUCCCUCUCACUCUCUCUAUAGUCAUGGCACUAUGAUGAUGCCUGCCAGAUUGUGAAAUAAUUCACUCGCAAGUCCAUAUACCACUUAAAUGACAUUUUAUUACAAAUUUGAGUGUACCAUCAUAUUCAGGAGUGUUCACUCUAUAAAAUGGGAUUUUAAUAAUUAUUGCAAAAUCACUGGAAAUUGCUGCAGUAAACAAAAUGCAUUGUAAACAUUUCAGACAUGAUCUUUCACUUCAACUCAUCAUAUUUAUGUCAGUUUCCUAUUUGCAAUAGUUUUAAAAUCAUGUUUAGGUCCGGCAAUUAUUACUGAGUAUUAUGAUAUGAAAUAAAAUGCACUAAGUAGAAUAUGAACUGAUAUAUGACCCAAUAUAUUAAAGUAUGUCUGUGAUACAGUACAGUUAUUUCUUGCUUAAGACUCACUUGGGAAAUGGCAUUGACAGUAAAAUGGAGAGUGGACAGUCAAGUUUGGUGUAGUCUAUGGUUCAGCUACAAUGAAAAUACAUAUUUGAAACAAAUAA